UAAUCUGAUCAAGUAUAACGAACACCCAACCAUGUGACACUUUAUAAAACAUAUUGUUUAUAUUCUCUGCAUAAAAUAAAAUUUAUUGUGGAACUUCUGUAUAUUAUUAUUAAUAUUUCUUUUAUAAUUUACCAAAUUCAAUCUUGUUAAAUAAACAAUACAUUCUAUAGUAACUUUUUGUAUAAAAUGGAUUCAGAAAAGUUCUCAGACUUUGAAAAUGACGCAGAAAAUUAUGAAUAUGAACAGUCGUUUAAGUUCAACCCAGAUGCGCAAGAGUUUAAGCCCAGAGAUUCCUGGCUCGAUGAACCCGUAAACAACACAACCUACGAUUCUCCCACUCUAGGUGUAGAGUCACUAAAAAUACGUGAAGAUUCUAGCGCUGAAGAGGAGGAUUCAUGGGAUAAUGAGCUUAGUGACUCACAAAAAGAAUCGCUGGUUAAGAAGAAGGAAGGAAAGGAAUCUGCUUUAUCUCCGCCAGAUUCAAGACCGCACCUUAACAUUGUUUUUAUCGGACACAUAGAUGCUGGGAAAUCAACCACAUGUGGAAAUAUUCUGUACCUUUCUGGGUACGUAGAUGAUCGUACAAUUGAAAAGUACGGCAAAGAGGCUAAAGAAAAAAAUAGAGAGAGCUGGUUCCUAGCCUUCAUUAUGGACACUAAUGAGGAAGAAAGAGAAAGGGGUAAAACAAUAGAAGUGGGUAGAGCGAAGAUAGAAACAAAGAACCGCAGAUUCACAAUCCUUGACGCUCCAGGACAUAGAAAUUACGUUCCAAACAUGAUCGAUGGAGCAACUCAAGCUGAUUGUGGAGUUUUGAUUAUCUCCGCAAGAAAAGGAGAGUUUGAAACAGGGUUCGAACGAGGUGGCCAGACUAGAGAACAUGCCCUGUUAGCGAAAACUCUAGGUGUUAGUUAUCUAAUAGUAGCAAUAAACAAGAUGGACGAUUCAACUUGUAACUGGUCAAAAGAAAGAUAUGAGGGAAUUAUAAAGAAGCUGAAGCCUUUCCUUAAGACGUGUGGCUUCACUGAAGGGAAGGACCUGAGCUUUGUUCCAAUAUCGGGACUUCUGGGUCAGAAUCUCAUUGACCACAUUUCCGAUGUAAAUUACAAACAUUACGAUAAAAAUGCAGCAUGGUAUGAUACUUCAAUGCCAACACUUUUCCAACUUCUCGAUAACGUCCCAACUCUGGAAUCUGAUGAAAAUGCACCAUUAAGGAUCCCAGUUAUUGACACUUACAGAGAGAACGGACUAGUUUGUUUGGGGAAAGUAGAGUCUGGAGUUGUCAAAACUGGACAAAACUGUGUUGUUGUACCUAAUAAAUCAAGGUCGAAGGUUACGAAUAUUUACUUUGAAAGUGAUGAGUAUUCAUAUGCCAAAGUUGGUGAAAACAUUAGGAUAAGACUAUCAACAACUGAUGAAGAAAACGUAUCAAAGGGAUCUGUGAUUUGUAAUUUGGAAUCACCGUGCCCAGUCGUGUUAGAGUUCACGGCCUUGAUAUCAAUUAUUGACUUACUUGAACACAGACCAUUAGUAUCAUCUGGAUACUAUUGUAUGUUUCACGCUCAUUGUGUUGCAGCAGAAGUCAAGUUCCUCAAGUUAUUGGAAACUGUAGACAAAGCAACCAAGAAGAAGAAACCAAACCCAGUUUUCGUGUCAAACAAUUCAAUCGUAACUGCACAUCUGCUGGUGACUCCAGCGGCAUGCUUAGAGAAGUUCGCAGACUGUCCUCAACUGGGAAGAUUCACUCUUCGAGAUGAGGACAAGACAAUAGGAAUCGGAAAAGUUUUAGAAAUUUUAAAAACAGAAUAAUCUAAUAAACCAUAA